CCCUCCUGCGCGCGCACACGCCCCUUCAGCCGUUGCUCCGGGGCACGCACGCGACUGCGCCCCGCCCCUCGCCCCUUCCUCCCUCCCUCUCCCCCACGCGAGCCCCCCCGCCCUCCGCGGGCGCUGACGAGGAAGAGGGCGGAGGCGGACGAGGAGCCCGGAGCCGCUGCUCGCCUCGCCCCUUCCCUUCCCUUCCUCCUCUCAGUCGCUGCCAGACGUUGCCGGGGUGGCUCCUUCCCCCUUUUUCUUCGCCUUAACCCCCGCAGGCGCUCACAUUUUUCUCGCCGCCUUCUUCGCUCCCUUUCCCUUCCCUUCCACUCCACCAGCGCGGCGGCAGCAGCAGCAGCAGCCCCUCGGCUCCGGCAGCCAUGAACCCCAGCUGCGCCCGUUGCGGCAAGAUCGUUUACCCCACGGAGAAGGUGAACUGCCUCGACAAGUUCUGGCAUAAAGCAUGUUUCCACUGCGAGGUCUGCAAGAUGACCCUCAACAUGAAAAACUACAAGGGCUAUGAGAAGAAGCCAUACUGCAAUGCACACUACCCGAAGCAGUCCUUCACCAUGGUGGCAGACACUCCAGAGAACCUGCGCCUUAAGCAGCAGAGCGAGCUUCAGAGUCAAGUUCGCUACAAGGAAGAGUUUGAAAAGAACAAAGGGAAGGGCUUCAGUGUGGUGGCUGAUACCCCCGAAUUGCAGCGAAUCAAGAAGACUCAGGAUCAAAUCAGCAACAUAAAGUAUCAUGAAGAAUUUGAAAAGAGCCGGAUGGGCACACCUGGCGGGGAGGGAGGGGAACUGGAGCGUCGUAACUCCCAGGAGGGUGCCAACUACAGGAGGCCAGCGGAGCCGCAGCAGCAGCCUCCCCCACACCAGCAGCCCCACCACAUCCAACCAAAUACCCCUGUGUACCACCACCAGCCGCCACAACAGGCAGCAUCUCAGUCUUAUGGCUACAAGGAGCCAGCAGCACCUGUCUCCGUACAGCGUAAUGCCCCAUCUGGAGGAGGGAAGCGGUUCCGUGCAGUCUACGAUUACAACGCAGCGGAUGAGGAUGAGGUCUCCUUCCAGGAUGGCGACACAAUCAUCAACGUGCAGCAGAUCGAUGAUGGCUGGAUGUAUGGCACCGUCGAGCGGACCGGUGAUACAGGCAUGCUUCCAGCCAACUAUGUGGAGGCUAUAUGAGCCUUGCCUGGGUACCGCCCUGGAAGCAAGCAGGGGGAAGGGCUCUCAUCGUGUGCUUCUCGUUCCAUUAUCCCUUCUCUGCUGUCUCUUGUCAUGCAUCGGUUACUUUGUUCUGAGCCUCUGGCAUGGCCAUUUUUUUAUUCUUCUGCCAACAUAGCCUUGUUUUGGAGGCAUUUGACAAUGGGGUCUCUCUCUCUCUUUUUAAAACUAUCCUUGUAAGACUUUUUCUUUUUAAGACCAAUUGUCCUUCCAUCCUCUCCCUCUGCUUUCAUGGAACUUGGCACUGUGCUCUCCUCCCUCCCCAGGGACCUGCCAUUUUGGGAAGUGAUUUGGAUUCUGAAUUAAGUGAGCCUGAUCUAACCAAAACUGUACACAGGAAUGGGAACAAGGGAGACCUAUGGGGAACGAACCUGGUGCCAUAUCUGUUUUUAGGGCUGUAGGGCCCUGAGUAACAUGGGGAAGAGCCUCUGACCAGUUUUCCUCUAGAAAAAUUUGUCCCAGGGCUGUUUGCAUGUGAAUGUUGACUCCCCUAUCUUCCUUUCUGUAACAUUUUAAAUGUCAACUUGACAGAGAUCAAAGAGAAAACCGUACUUUUAAGGCCUUCCGUGGAAUCAUCCUCUAUCGCUUGCUUGUACAAAACAGCAUAUUUGUUGCAUUCUACAAGGAAGCUGAAGGCCAAUUUUAAGUGCUUGGUCCGAAGGGUGGCGGAAGAGGGUUUCAGAGAAGGGAAGGUGUGACUUGUAGCAAACACACCCCAGCAUUGGCUCCUGAAUGCCAGGGCUAAGUAAGAGCAGGUGUCUACUUUGGCAGGGUUGGGAGAGAGUUGUGCCCACUGGAGCAGGAGGGGCUCUGAGCUUCCAGAGUUGCCUAUAAUCUUGCCACUGAAGGGGGGACCAGUCUGCACAGCUCUACUUUUGGCGCUCUACCUCUGGGCUGAAGGAUGCAUGAGGGAGGGACAGCAAUAUUCCAAAUGCUUUCUGGCUAUGCCUGCUGCCCCCUCUCCCCAAACAGCUUUAGAAUAACUUUUGAGCCAGCCUAUGCAAGAAUUACCCAGCUAACGAUACACACAGCCACCUCUUAAAGCCUCUGGUGCUUGUGUGUAUCACAUAUAUUCCCCCCCCCCGCCCCGAUGACCUGAAUUCUGUUGGCACCUAAUACGUGAAGACAGGCAGGCACUUCCCUAAAAAGCCAUUUUACCCGUAGCAGCCCCCUUCUUUCUUAGGCAAGAGCCACGCUUGGCAAAUGCUAUCUUUGGGACCAAUCCUCCUUCCUCUUCUGUCGGUGAUGUUCAUGGAGAUCCACCAAAAGUCAAUGGACCACUUUCCCCGUGCACCCAAGAGGCAGACCAGUAGACGACAGCAUCUCUCUCUCUUGUACCUUUUCUGAGCCAGACAAUGUUUACAACCCUCUCUCUUCUCUCCGCUGCCCUCCAGCCAGCCUGGCAAUUUGGAUGAAAGGGUCGGGGGAACACAUAUAUACCUUGCACUAGAAAUAUACCUCUCACCCUCUCUUUUGUACCUAGCUGGCAGGUGCUGUUGCUGGCUUUGGGUAGCAUCAUGGACCAAAAGCAACUCGUGCUCAUGUUAGAAUGGCAGGGAACUUCUCUAACUGGAACCUUAUGAGGCCAGGGUGGUGUGUGUGCAUGGGAGAAUGCAGGCAGGAGAGGGGAGCAAGAUAGGACACUUCUGUACCCAAAAUUAGUAGAUCCUUGAAAGUCUCCAUUUUCUGCUUUUAGUGGCUUCUUGCACUACAUUUAAAAGAUCUGAAGCAGCUUCUCAAAAUCAUUCCUGUGUUGGCAAGGAAGGGCAUAUUCUGCUUGAAAAGUUAAUGUGCAACCUGCUCCUCUGCAGAAUCACAGUCCUCUGGAGUGGCUCAGCAGUUCAUGGAUCUAACGGCUGAGCUACUUCCAUAGGGUUGUGGAGCUAGUGCCUCUCUGUGCUUGCAAGUGCUGCACUUGUGGAAGGGACCUAUGGAAAAUCCCUGUUUCUUUAGAUGUAACCUGCGUAGUGAGUGGCUGCCUCUUGUGACCAUGUGGAUCUCUGGAAGUGAGCUUUUUAUAUCUUCUGCUUUUAAAGGCUGCCUUUGGAAGGUAUAUUCAAGGAGAGGUGCUUGGGUCCACUGAAUUUCCUCCAGUUUUUAGCUGUUCUAUCUAAUACCUCUCCAGAAGUUGGAACAUACAAGGACCAAACUCUGAAACUUGCGUUGACUGCACAGUUUCUCUGCCAUUCCACUGCUUCUUUCAUGCUGUGUGCUCAUGGUCUGCUUUUCUCCUCCUUUCUGUGCCCAGAGGCAUAUCAAGGGUUAACAUCCCCAUAUGACCCCUAUUUUUUCUGUGGACCUUCGUGCAAAGGAAAUAAAUGUUGGUAAUAGUAGAAAGCAUCCACGUUGUCCCUUCACAAGAGGAGCAAAAAUUAAAGCAGAGCAUUCUCCCUUGGUUUUUAGGCCCCUCCCUGGAGUUAAAAGCAACAAGAUGCUUUUCAUUUUGUUCCUUCUGAAGUUGUCCUGCAUCUCUUUGAACUUGGUGGGAAGGAAUACUGGCGUGUGGCCUUCUAACAUCGCCAGACAGGAGAAUUUUAAACUUUUGUCCAGAUCCCUGCAGCUGCUGAAUUGUUAACCUCCCAUGCAGCCCUGCAUAACUUGCCAAUCUCAGCCGGCAGAAAUAGUGACCAAAUCAUAACAGUUGUGGAAGCACAAACUUUUAAAAAUAGUUUUUUCCCCUACUUUCCUCCCUGUACACUUUGCACUAGUGAUAAAUAUGUUAAAAGGAGACUUUCAGUCUCCUCUCCACCAGAUCUGUACCCUGAAAGGGAAAUACGUGUUUGGAAGUAGCAGCAGUGGCUUUUUCGAUCUUUUAGAGAUCUGAAGGUGUCUGGGGACCUUCUAAUCUUGGGAGGUGGCCUUUCUGAAGGUGCCAACAAGAGUGACUCAAUUGGUAAGGGAAUGGGGGAGUCACAUCCUUGGUGCUAAGACAGAAGCACAAGCUUAGCAGUGGCUGUUUCCUUUGUAGCUAAUUAGGGUGAGGCAAAAUCAUGUAUAGACAAUCCUUGAGGACAGCUUUUUUCAUGAGGAAGAUGCAAAAUAUCAUAAUGUGAAUAAAUAUUUUUAGAGGACCAAAUAAAAUUACGAUACUCAACUUUUUUUUUAAACUCUCUCCUAGCUUUUUCACUCCUGCCGAAGAAGCAAGUUUCUCACUGCUUGAUUUACGUAUUUUUCUGCCUUCUUUGACUUAUGCACUUUUGCGUUGUUGUUUUUUCCAAUAGCUGAAAAGCACCUAAACAUGUAUUUAAAUAAAUAAAAUGUUUUAAAAACCCAACAAAAACAGCUAAGUCGCAUCCGUGUAGCCAUUUUUAUUCACGUAAAGUCUGUACAUCUUAGCUUUCCGAGCUAGAUUUCAUUGUCUAUUAGAAUGAUUUUUUAAAAAAGAAAAAUUGGUUUGCAUAUAUUUUGGGGUUUUCAUCUGUUGUCGGUAUGUUUUCUUCUUUGUGGGCUUUGCGUGCCCUCUCCAAAAGUCAUGUGGGCCUUUUUUCAGUGGCACCAUAGAAUCAGUCAUAAUUCCAGCUCUCUUCUGGUUUAUGCCAAUUUGAAAAUAAAAGUAUAAUUUUUA